AGUUGCCAAGAGCUAAGACACCACCGCCUGUGCCCCCACUGAGCGCUGCAAUGGAUCCCGCCUGUUCCUAUCUCGAAACAGUUACAGCAGCAGGAACCGCUGGCCUCGUUUUGGAUUCACCUUUUCACCCGCUAUGGCAUUGGUAAACUCAUGAAAGUUAGCAAAUAGAGGCGGCACACCGAAAACUGGAACGACCCAGCUACUUGAUGACAUUCCAAAAUGGAUAUAUCACAUCAUGAUCUUGAUGGUGAUGUGGCUUACACUAGGUGUCAUCAAUUCUGCAAUCCUCACAGUCUCGGAUGACCGGUCGUCAUAGCAACGCAUCGACAUGGUGACCACCGUUGUUAUACUAAAGCCUGGUCACUUCUUCAAGUACUGCUGUCUGCUGCUGGCUCUGCUCGUCACCCUGGAGUUUGUCUUCAACUUCGCCGCUCACUACAACGUCUCUGCAGGGCUGUCACUGUUUAUCAAUGCCGUCGUGCCCAUUUCCUGGAAGAAGAUGAGGUCUGGUCGCCAUGGCGUUGUACACGACGACUUCACUCAGUGUGUCAGUCACAAACCACUGUGUCCAGAAGUUCCUCCUCACUUAGAUGGCUCUAUAAAAGUGAAGAAGAAGGCACUGAGUUUUCGUCUGCUGGACAACAUGAACUCUGACCUCCGACCUGGAGGUCGCUGGUGUCCGCCCGGCUGUGUGUCGCGACACCACGUCGCCGUCAUCAUUCCGUAUCGAGAUCGACCGUCACACCUGAAGGUUUUUCUUCGGAAUAUUCACCCCUUUCUACAGAAACAGCAGCUCGAUUAUACAGUCUACGUUAUUGAACUGGUGCCAAACAUUCCGUUCAACCGAGCACUGCUGUUCAACAUUGGAUUUGUGGAGUCUGUCAAACAACACAACUAUUCCUGCUUCAUUUUCCACGAUGUCGACCUCAUUCCCGAGAAUGACAGGAAUCUCUACAUCUGUAGUGGAGAGCCUCGACAUCUGUCUGUCGCCAUUGACAAACACAAAUACAGAUUGCUGUAUUCCACUAUAUUUGGUGGUGCCAUUGCCUUGUCGAGAGAACAUUUCAUCAAAGUUAACGGUUUCUCCAACAAGUAUUUCGGCUGGGGAGGGGAGGAUGACGACAUGUUUAAGAGAUUACAGCGUCAGAACAUGUCCAUUAUUCGAUAUUCGUCUGAUGUCGCAAGAUACAAGAUGCUUGCUCACCCUAAAGAUGUUCCAAACCCCAACAGAUUAAAGCUGCUGUAUGAAGGGCUGAAACGAUUCCACCGAGAUGGCAUCAACAGUCUGCGGUACACUGUCGUAAAGACGGAAUUCAGAAGACUCUUCACGUGGAUCCUCGUUAGCGUCAACCCAGACGAUGUCAUGAAGGAAGAGAACACUACAGAGGCCACACAUAAUACCUGACAACAUGUAACCACCCACUCGAUCCGUGAUUUUACAAGCGGAAUUGCUGUGAACAACAGCUGUUGAGUUAGAAUAUUUCAGCUCAGAGCUUGAUAUUGUAACAAGCACUGACAACACCAGGACUUACCUUUCCCAUAGGCAUAGGCUGGGGAGGGUGUGUGUGUUCAAAUGACUUCCCAGAUAAGGUGAAAACUGGUUUUUUAAAACUGCUAUAUUAGGCUAUCAUUUAAGUGUUCAGGGACAAUGAAAACAAAAUGGUCGACUAGGUUCAUACUGGAACCCACCUAGGGUCAGACCAUGCUACACCUUUGCUUCCUGCAUACCUACAACCAGGGGUCUAAUUCACUAACUUCUUGCAACUUUGCAAUCUCAUAGUGCAAUGCUAAACGACUUGCAAGAACAUUACAAUGUUGUUCAAGGGAGCGUAAGGGAGCUUAAGAAAGCUAUGUGAAUUAAGCCUGAGGGAUGUACCUUGUCUAAUGUAAGUGAGGUGGGAGGAAAAAAUGAAUCAAGGCACAGCAAAGGAAGCCCAUUUUCAUGUAGAGAACACUGACACUUAAAAAAAGGAACUUUUAAAUAUUUUUAGUAUUUUCUUUGGGCGCAACUGCUCCCCUUGUACCUCUGUAAUGUGUGACUGCUGACAUCGUCUGGACAUACCUUGCUGGUAACUGUGGUCAUUUCCUGAAUGAUCUGGUGGUUAAGAAAAAAGUUAAUAAUGGAUUUGUGUUGUUUGAAACGUACCUUGAUAAGCCAUGAAAAAAAAGAAUUGCUCAAUGUUUUAUGUUUUAUCCAAUAUUUAAAAGAUUAUUCCAAGUUGUUUGCAGAUUUUAAAAAUAUCUUAUCAGAUAGUAUUAUUUAAACUAAAUACAUGUAGAUACACAAGACGCUUAAUAAUCAUAUGAUAUGACUUGUCCCCACUUCAGUAUUAUUUAAACUAAAUACAUGUAGAUACACAAGACGCUUAAUAAUCAUAUGAUAUGACUUGUCCCCACUUCAGUAUUAUUUAAACUAAAUACAUGUAGAUACACAAGACACUUAAUAAUCAUAUGAUAUGACUUGUCCCCACUUGACGGGAUUUGACCCACUGUCAUCAGCUUGAUUAUCCAGCAGGUUAUCCACUAGACCACGGAGCUCACUAAUUUAAUAUUUCUGUUAGUCUUUAGUAACCACACCAAUAAAAAUAAAAUGGUUAAUAGAGUGCCAAACAAUCAUUUCAUGUAUUUAAAAAAAUGCUACUAACAAAAAAUAGAUUGAAGUUCUUUUGUUGUCAAGAAAAAAGAAUUAUAAAAUUUUAACCCUUUUUUGUGUCUGUCUUUUGGUAAACCUAGCGUAGAUAUUCCAUUUGGCAGACACGUAAAUUGCGUGUGUAACACCUGUUUGCUUGAAUGGAUGGAUGGAUCGAUGGAUAAAUGGACUGAUGGAUGGAUGAAUAGAUAGAUACAUGGAUGGAUGGAUGGAUGGACGGAAUAUAUAUAUAUAUAUAUAUAUAUAUAUAUAUAUAAUGUGGUAGAUGGUUUAUUAUGGGGGAGUGUUACGUAUGUACAUAGUUUUAUGUUUAAUGUUUUAGUAAUAUGUUGACCGCAAUUGAAGUAUAAUGUAAAUUUAGAAAAUACGAUUUGUUGAUUGCACUAUCGGGUAAAAACUCGAUAUACAGCGUACAGCAUAGAUAACACUAACUGCACGAACACGUAGCACUGCAGCUUAUUGCACGCGCGCGCACGAUUUGUCCGUCGUGUAGCUACAUAAAUAGACAGUGUGUUGGGGAAACGUUGUCACUUAUCACUGGGUGUUGGGAGGAUCGGGUUGUUGUCAGGUUAGUAAGUUUUUAUUUAAUAGUAAUUUAAUAUUUUAUGGUAAGGAGUUCUUGUAUAAUAUAUUUAGAUUUAGUAUUGGUAUGAACGUAUUAACGUUUACUGUAGAUUAUCUUUAACGAUCAACUAAAACAGGGUUAUAAUUACUAUUUAUGGUAUGCGCUAUUUUCAUUGUUUACCUGUAUGUAUUUUAAUAACAUUUUUGGGGCUUUAUAUUGUUAGGAAAUGUGUUUUCAUUUAGACGACAUUAAAUUACGAUGGUUUGAAUUACCAUGGUUUUGUAAAUUACCAUGGUUUUGUAACUAAACGUAUUGUAGUAUGGUUUUGUAACUAAACGUAUUGUAGCAUGGUUUUGAUAUUUUAUUUUAAGAUACGUAAUUUUUAUAUGCAGGUGAAAGGAUAUUGAUAGACGGAAUGGACGGUUUUACUUGUUGGAAACCCAGGUCCAUAUACCUGGUAGGUAGAGCAUUAUCACCAAGAUUACUAUAAAGGAUAUGUAUGUUCUAUCAUGGAUGUUAAUAUUGUGUAUGCCAUUAUAUAUGUAUACAUGUGUUGGUAUAUAUUAAUAUAUAUAAUGUAUAUUGGUAUGUGUUAAUGUAAUAUGUAUGACAUAUUAUAUAUGUGAAAUAAGGAUUAUGUACUCUUUAUUGUUAAACUUCAAAAUGUAAUUAUGUUAAUAUUUCUGUAACUAAUAUUUAUAUAUUUUAUAUUUAUAGGGCUUAUAUUUUUAUUUUUAUGAUGAACUUCGAACCCUAUGAAUAAACCAUCAAGAACGA